UUUGGUUCCUCUCACUGUAUUUUAAGGUGCGCCACUGUGCCUUGUAGGAUCCAUCGGCCUUAGGCAUGGCACGUCUGGCCCUCCCUAUCUUUCUGGUUCUUUGCCUCUCCUCGCUCCACUACAGCUCCGGCCGUCCAUCUCGUACCAGGAAGGCUGUGUCAGCUCGACAGACGGCCGCACAUGAAGACGAUGUUAAGUCUCAGCUUGACAAGCUGUGGCAGGAGGUGAACUCGCUGAAAGAGAUCCAGGCUUUGCAGACAGUUUGUCUCCGUGGCAUCAAAGCUCACAGGAAGUGCUACCUUACAAUUGAGGAACCCAAACAUUACCAUGAAGCAAACGAAGACUGCAUUGCACAAGGAGGAACCCUUGCAACGCCACGAGACCUGAUUGAAAACAAUGAGCUACGAGACUAUGCAAAGAGGAGCGCCCCGGGAUCCAAAGACUUCUGGAUUGGUGUGGCGGACAUAGUGAAGGAGGGCCAGUAUGUCGAUGUCAACAGCAUGCCCAUUAGUUUCUUCAACUGGGACCGCUCCAAGAAGCAGCCCACAGGAACCAAGAGGGAGAGCUGUGUUGUUCUCUCAGUGGCUGCACAAGGCAAGUGGUACGACGAGGUUUGUCGCAGCCAGAAAAAGUACAUUUGUGAAUACCUCAUCCCCUAAAGGAGACCCAAUGGUUGUUGACAACCUGAUGAUCACUUGUGCAGGUCAUUGAUUAAAAUCAUGCAA